GAUCUAGACUAGAGGUAGAAGCUGCACAGCAGAGCAGAGUAGCCCAGUCGAGGAGUUCUUGACGACGACGACGAGAGGAAGCCAUAGGCAGCUAGCGAUCUAGGUAGAGCUAGAAGGAGGUUAAUGGCGGGGACGCGGCGUGCGGAGGAGGAGUACGACUACCUGUUCAAGGUGGUGCUCAUCGGCGACUCCGGCGUCGGCAAGUCCAACCUCCUCUCCCGAUUCACCCGCAACGAGUUCUGCCUCGAGUCCAAGUCCACCAUCGGCGUCGAGUUCGCCACCCGCACGCUCCAUGUGGAGGGGAAGAUAAUCAAGGCACAGAUCUGGGAUACUGCAGGGCAAGAGAGAUACAGAGCUAUCACCAGUGCUUACUACCGUGGAGCUCUAGGAGCAGUGUUGGUCUACGACGUGAGCAAGCCUACAACCUUUGACAACAUCAGCCGGUGGCUCAAGGAGCUCCGCGACCAUGCUGACGCAAACAUUAGAAUCAUGCUCGUUGGCAACAAGACCGAUCUGAAGCACCUCCGGGCCGUCGCGACCGAUGAUGCACACAAGUUUGCUGAGGCAGAAGGGCUGUCCUACAUCGAGACUUCAGCUCUUGAGGCCACAAAUGUGGAGGAGGCAUUCCAGCUGAUUCUUGGUGACAUUUACAGGUCCAUCAGCAAGAAGCCCGUGGCGUCAGAUGAAGCCGGGGGAGGUGCCGCCGGGGCUGUCAAAGAAGGGAAGACGAUCAAUGUGGCCGCCGGUGAUGCCAAUAGUGAAAAGAAGCAAUGCUGCUCAGCUUAGAACCGAUCCUUCAGUUUCAGAUGUCAUUUGGUGUACCUUGUGUGGUGCUUGUGAUUGUUCCUUCUUUUUUAAAGUUUUAAAGCUUCGUUGAUUCAUUUUGUCAGAUAUUUACCUUGCUAUACCUGACAGUCAUAUAUAUUACUACCUAAAGCAGUUAAUUACUAUAUAU